AUGGGGUUUAGCAGAAUCCUGAGACCAUCAUGCCUCUCUCUGAGCUUCCUGAUACUGUUGUCUUUCUCCCUAAAUCUUCAUUGCUCCACAGGUUCUGAAACCAUCUCCCUUGGCCGACCUCUCUCCGGAAACCAAACCCUGAUCUCUCCACAAGGAAACUUCGCUCUGGGCUUCUUCACACCUGGAGGUAGUAGCAGCUCUGGCAGACACUACAUUGGCAUAUGGUACAACAAGCUACCCGAUCAAACGAUUGUCUGGGUCGCAAACCGAGACCGCCCGGUUUCUGACCCUACUCGAUCAUCCCUAAACCUCUCCCGAGAUGGUAACUUGGCACUUCUCGACGAGUCAGGAAACACGGUAUGGUCCACGAACUCAACUUCCAUGGUUUCCAACUCGACUGCAGCAGCAGUGCUCCUCGACAAUGGCAACUUCGUCCUACGAGCUGACGUCGAGAACUCGAGUUCGACCAUCUGGGAGAGCUUCGACCAUCCAACAGACCACUGGCUUCCAGGUGGCAAGAUAGGGUACAACAAGAUCAGCAACGCAAAACAAAUCCUGGCUUCCUGGCGGAGCCCGCUCAACCCUGCGCCUUCUCAAUUCACGCUGGGUCCCAGCCAGAACGGAUCGAGCCACGAGCUUCUCUGGAAUGGUUCUCAAAUGUACUGGACCAGCGGGGUGUGGAACGGCAGGAUUUUCAGCCUUGUUCCUGAGCUGCAGCUCAACUACUACGUCACCAACAUGACCCGCAUCUCCAACGACAAGGAUGAUUACUUCACCUACGACUCCGCGGUUCCCUCUGCUUUCACCAGGUUCGUGGUGGAGUCGAGCGGGCAGCUGAAGCAGUACGUCUGGGGCAGGAACUUCACGAGCUGGACUCUCUUCUGGACCCGGCCAACUCAGCAGUGCCAGGUGUACGCAUUCUGCGGGGUUGCCAGCAUCUGCAACUUGCAGGACGAGCCUCUUUGUGUUUGCAUUGAUGGGUUUGGACCGAAACAUCAGCGAGAUUGGGAUUUGAGCGAUCAUUCUGGUGGCUGCGUGAGGAAAACUCCUCUCAACUGCACAAAUAAUGCAGUAGGAGAGGUAGACAAGUUUCGAACUUUACCAAACAUGCAGUAUCCUUCGAAUCCAGAGUCGUGGCCAGGUGGAAAUCUUCAGGAAUGCGAGAGUCUGUGCUUGGCGAACUGUUCAUGUGAUGCUUUUGCCUAUGACAACGGUUGCUUGAUAUGGAAAAGAGAUCAUAUGUUCAACCUCCAGCAGCUCCUGGAAGCUGAAAGGGUGGGGAAAGAUAUCCAUGUUCGAGUUGCAUCAUCUGAAAUCCCCAGCAUUGAAGAUAAUUCCGCGGUGAAGAAGAGGAAGAAACACACUAGGACGGUUCUGAUUGUUGUCGCUGCAACAGUUGGCAGUGGCUUCGUAACACUCUCAGCAGCGGGCCUUCUCCUGUUGGUAAUUCUAUGGAGGAGAAGCAACAAUGCAUCUGCAGCGGCAGCAGCUGAUGAUAAAUACGAGCCAAGAGAUGACAACAGUUUGUCUUUCUUCAACUACAAGGAACUGAAAACCGCAACGAAAAACUUCUCGGAAAAGCUCGGGGAAGGAGGUUUCGGGGCGGUCUACAAAGGUACACUACCGAAUUCGACUCUCAUCGCCGUGAAGCAACUGAAGAGCCUCCAGCAAAGCGAGAAGCAGUUCAUGGCGGAAGUGAAAACCAUCGGAACGAUCCAGCACAUCAACUUGGUCCGCCUGCGUGGCUUCUCGGUCGAAUCUUCGAAGAGAUUCUUGGUCUACGAGUACAUGCCGAAUGGAUCGUUGGAAUCUCUCCUCUUCCAUCAGACGACAGCGACGACUCUGAGCUGGAGAUUUAGGUAUCAGAUUGCUGCGGGAAGUGCCAGAGGAUUGGCAUAUCUUCACGAAGACUGCCGGGACUGCAUCAUUCACUGCGACAUCAAGCCCGACAACAUCCUCCUGGAUUCCGAAUACAACCCCAAAGUUGCGGAUUUGGGCUUGGCGAAGAUCUUCGGGCGUGAAUUCAGCAGGGUGCUGACGACCAUGAGAGGGACCAGAGGGUACCUAGCGCCAGAGUGGAUUUCAGGUGAGGCCAUUACCCCGAAAGCCGACGUCUUCAGUUAUGGGAUGUUGCUGUGUGAGAUCAUAUCGGGGAGGAGAAACACGGAUUCGUCGGAGGUGGAUAGCUAUUUCCCGUUCGAACUUGCGAGCGCCGUGAGCAGAGGAGGCGAUGUGGCGUCCUUGUUGGACGAUAAGUUGGAAGGGAAUGCUGACAUGGAGGAGGUGGGCAGAGCGUGUAGAGUUGCUUGUUGGUGCAUUCAGGACAACGAGAAGGAUCGGCCGACGAUGAGACAGGUUGUUCAGAUCUUGGAUGGAGUUUGUGAGGUUAAUACGCCGGCGGUGCCAAGGUUCCUGGAACGUUAUGCUGAGGGUAGUUCGGCUGCAACUAUGAACUAUCUGCAGGGGAUGUCUUCGAGCAAAGAGUAA